AGUGUUUAUAUAUCCUUGUGAAAAAUUGGAAAAUAGUUUUAAUCUUUAAUGUCAUUUCAUCAAAGAAGUUUUUUUUUAAAACGUCUGAACUCAAUUAAGAGGUGGUACUAAGAAGUAAAAGAAAAAGACUUUGGUGUGAGCCUCAUCUUGAAUCCUGUUAUGAAGCCAUGCCGGACUGCCCAGUGCAAGGUGCAAGGUGAGACUGGAACAUGCCAUCUCGUAACACACUCCUCGCAAUGUCUCGCGCUAUGGAGUUAGACAUCACCGAUUCUUGUUCGAACAUCAAUGUUCUGAAACAACUUUUCAGACCCAUAAUUCGCUCAAGUAAGGAUCUAUAUCGCGGCCAAGUUGACAUAUUGGAGAGAGCUGAUAAUGCCUCCUUAUUAACAAUUCCAAUGAUUAUCUCUUGAUAACCAAGUCAAGUAAACUUUGCAGGGACCAAGCAAUGCGUCGAAGCUCUGCAGUUUUCAUCAAAGAGGUUGAGAUUUAUGUCUUUUUUAUUUAUUUAUGUCUUCUUAAUAUAGUAGAGCCUUUUAUGUCUUAAGUAAUUAGUAAAGGUUUGGAAAAGACGCUUAUAUAUAUAUGCAUGCCUGAAUGAGUUUAUGUAUAUGUCUAUUCACAUGUUCGUGCAUACCUGCUGGUCUUUCAUAUAUGUGCCAUUAAAUAUACCGGUGCAUGCACAAUAAAAUUUUUGGAUUUCAUUUUUUCCUAUAUCGAAUUUGUGUUCAGACUUUUAAAAAUGAGGAGGUGGGGAUUGUAUGUGUUGGUUUUGUUUGUAGGCCGAGUCAACGAAAUAAAUACAUAUUAUAAAUUACUCUUAUAAUACCUUUUUUGGUUUGCUCCUCUUAACGGCUUUCAUAAACAUCAAAUUUCACGUAUUCCGAAUUAGGAAAGAUCCUUUUGACUGUUUUUUUGUUCUGAAAAUAUAAUCUUAACGGAAAGAAUCUGUACAGUAUGCUUAAGAAUGUCCACUGGUCCAGUCAACAAAAAGUAGACCGCAUGAACUUAUCUACUGGUACGUAACUAAUCACGUGUCUUCACUUUACAGUCCUCAUAUUUAACUAUCGAAGUCGCAUCCUAUAAAUUGUGAUUUCAUUUAGAAUUUCAAAGACCAUCAGUUUCUCUCUUGAUACGCUUCCUUAUUACCUUUUUAAUUUAGAAUUAUUUACGAAACAGUAUUGAGUUUGGACCAGUAAAGCAACUCAAUCCCGACAAUGCCUGCGCUGGCGACAAGAACAAGGGUGCCGUGCCUCAGGAAGAACCAUGUAUGCCUCCUGAACAAGACCAAUACCUGCCAAUCGCAAGCGUCACAAGGAUCAUGCGUAAUGCUUUCGGCUAUGACCGCAAGUAUAUUAGCUUUGUGACCGCUGAAGCUAGCGAUACUUGCCAAUCUGAGCGACGUACGACAAUAACUGCUGGCGAUAUGCUUUCGGCUAUGAGCAAUCUCGGGUUCGAAGAUUACGUUGAACCACUCAAUGUGUUCAUUCAUCGGUACCGUCUGUCCGAGACCGAUCGUGGGUGUUCACUUAGAGGUGAAACAUCGUCGUUUGACCCGGCCUAUGGAGGAAGUGGUACUGGGUUUCACGGUCCAUCACAUCAUGGCCCAACCCCUCAUGGCCCACCACCGCAUGGUACACUACCUUAUGGUCCACUACCUCAUGUCCCACCUCCUCCGGGUCCUUAUGGUUGCGGUAUGUUGGAUCAGUCUAUGGUUUUGGGCGGUGGUGAUCAGUACUACCCAAACGGGUCGGGACAGGAUUUAAUUACUGGUGGUGGUGGAUCUUCAUCUUCUAUGAAUGGAAUGCCGUUAUGUGACCAUUGUGGUCACUACAAGUGAAGAUGAAAAAUUCUUGAUUCUCUGCAUGCCUAUUUAAAUUACAUGUUGCAUGUUUACUUGUUUCGAAUAUUUAUGUCUAAUCAAUCACUUAGAACAUGUUUACAGGGGUUGCUUACCCUUGGUUUCAUAACAAAAAAAUUAAUUGAAAAUUUGUGGACCCCACAAAAAACACAAAAGAAGUUGCUUGUGUAUGCAAAAGAAGAAACGUUUUCGUUCUGUUGCUUAGACUGUUUUGCGGGUCCCACGACACGUGGCGGCCCGCGAUUAGUUCAUUUUUUUUUAU